AUGGCACCUCUGCUCCGAUUUGCCGCUCUCAUCGCGCUGCUCAGCGCACAGCUUUCUUCCGCCUCAUGGGUCAAAUUCUGCAACGAUGCUGAAUGCAAGGAUUGCGGGCAGUGGGUCAAUACGGGCAACAGCGGUUGCCUGAACGAGAACGGUCGAGUUGCAAUCUAUUUCAAGGGCUACAAGGCCAACGCCGAUGAGGGUUGGGCGGAUCUUCGCGCCUAUGACGAGCCAGAUUGUAACUGCGAAAAGGGUUCAACAUGCAAACCAAAAUUUGGAGAUAGUGAUUAUAUGGGUUUUGCUACUUCCGGCUGUUUCCCAGUCCCGAAGGGCAAGUCAUAUCGAUUUGCUGAUUGCGGGAAAUACUGCUCACUAAUUGAUUCGAGACCAGUAAGACCGUCUUUGUAG